AUGGAUAUUUAUAAGAUAUAUUUUUGGGUGAUGAUUCUAUAUAGUACACAAUAUUUUGUGUCAUCUAAAGAAACCUGGGAAAAAAUCAAAGAUAGUGGAUACCCACUUAAGAUGUAUGAAUACCAAACUGAAGACCAUUUUAUGUUAGGUAUGGAACGAAUGCCAUAUAGUAAAUAUGGUAACAAAACAAUCGGUAAACCAGUGAUCUUGUUAUCCGGUAUGUUUGCCACUUCAAUUGUGUAUGUAUCACAUAACAAAUCACUCGGUUACCUGCUAUCAGAUGCCGGAUUCGACGUUUGGCUUUUCAAUUACCGAGUUACGGGUAUGUCCAAAAAAAUUAAGGAUCCGAGGACAGGAAUAAUUCCUAAAUUAAGUAGUUUAAAUUGGGAUUACAGCUUUCAUGAAUUAGCUAUUUACGAUCUACCAGCCGCCAUUGAUCUUGUAAUAUCUGUGACUGGGUAUUCUCAAGUUGACGUUGGGGGUGUUUCUCUCGGAGGAACCAUACCUCUAAUUACAUUAGCUGAAAGACCAGAGUACAAUAAAAAAGUCAGAAAUUUAGUCCUGAUGGCGCCAGCUAGUAGAAUGGGAUCUGGAUACCAAGGUUUACCGUUCUACUUUAUUAGAGCACUUCUUCGGAGAUUCCUAAAAACGGAUUUCAAUGUUCGUUACAUAUCACUUAACAGUGAUCCAGAUAAUGUUGCAGUUGGACAAUUGUGUAGACUUAAAAUGUUUGGAUUCAUUUGCGUUCAAUCGAUGAACCUUAUACAAGGAAUGUAUCAUCCCCUUCAUAAAGAACCCGUCAUAGAUGUAUUUACAACUUAUCCGCAGCCGACAUCAGUGAAAUCGGUUAAACACUAUUUUCAAUUAAUAUUAUCAGGUCGAUUUACUAAUUAUGAUUAUGGACCAAUUGGAAACAUGGCACAUUACCAUUCCAAACAAGUUCCAGAGUAUGACAUAAGAAAAAUUACAGCUCCAGCUAUCAUCAUGUACUCGAAAGGGGACAACCUUGUGCCUCCUCAGGACAUUAAAUGGUUACUGAACAAUUUACCAAAUAUUAAGAGCACACUUUAUAUCGACAAAAUAAAAUUCAGUCAUCAGUCUUUUGUGAUGGACAAAAUCUCACAUUUAGUUAUUGGUCCAUACAUAGUGAAACAAUUAUCAUCAUAA